UGGGCUCGAAGGGAAUCGAAAACAACAACUCGACGUUGUCCGCCCUAUGUGAAGGAUAAAUACGACUGGAUUUCACCAUGAGGCUGUCAUGUUGCUCCAUUGCCUUGCUGCUCUUCAUCUUCCUUCCCCGAGUCUGUCAGGGAGGGAACAUCCUGGUUUUUCCAGCCGAGGGCAGCCACUGGGUGAACAUGGACAUCCUCAUGCGAGGUUUGCACUCGCAGGGGCACAACCUGACGAUCGUACGCCCCAGCAAGACGUGGUACGUCAAGGACGACGCCUCCUACUACAACACCAUCAGCGUGCCCGUGGAAAGGAGCUUGGACAAAGACUUUAUCACCGGCCUGAUUGAUGAGGUCAUGGAGUAUGAAAGGGGCUCACUGCCCCUGGUGUCGUUUCUCUACAUGAGUGUGGGAAUGAUCGGGACAUUCUUGGAAGCUCACAAGACUGUGGGUGAAUUCACCACGGCAAUUCUCGACAACCAAGACUUGAUGAGGAGACUGAACGACAGCAAGUUCGACCUGAUGCUCACUGACCCCUGCUGGGGUGGUGGCAUCAUUGUGGCCAAAUAUUUGAACCUCCCUCUAGUGUACAACGUCCGCUGGAUCAUCGCCAUUGAGGGCCACAUGACCAUCGCGCCAACGCCGCUUUCUUACAUUCCCAUCACAGGAACUGGUAAUAGCAACAAGAUGACAUUUUUUCAAAGAGUCAAAAACAUGAUUGUGUUUCUAAUCGGCUAUGUGCAACAUAACCUGGUCGUCAAGAAGAUAUACCAGAAAAUAUGCGACAAAUAUCUCGGUCCUGAUAGCGACAUGCAUCAUCUACUUCUUUCCGCUGACCUUUGGCUCAUGAGGGUGGACUUUGUCUUUGAGUUUCCUCGCCCCACCAUGCCCAACAUCAUCUACAUGGGAGGCUUCCAAUGUAAACCUGCCAAGCCUCUACCCAGCCACCUGCAGGAUUUUGUCCAGAGUUCUGGAGAGUACGGAGUCAUCCUCAUGUCUCUAGGAACAUUUGUGAGCGAACUCCCCACUGACUUGGCCGACAUGAUUGCGGCAGCUUUCGCUAAGCUCCCCCAGAAGGUCAUUUGGAGGUAUAACGGUGCUAGACCUUCCACACUGGGCAACAACACUCUCCUGCUGAACUGGAUGCCGCAGAACGACCUGCUCGGGCAUCCCAAGAUGAAACUCUUCGUGGCUCACGGUGGGACAAACGGCGUUCAGGAAGCUAUUUACCAUGGAGUUCCUGUGGUGGGAAUACCCAUGUUUUUCGAUCAGCAUGACAACCUGCUGCGUCUCACAGAGAGAGGGGCGGCUGUGGUGGUAACCUUGGCCUUGCUGGACAAAGAUGACAACUUCCUAAAGGCCAUAAAAGAAGUUCUUGCCAAUCCCGCCUACAGAAACAACAUGCAGAAGUUGUCCAGGCUGCACAGAGAUCAGCCCAUCCCGCCUCUUGACAACGCCCUCUUCUGGAUUGAGUUUGUCAUACGGCACAAAGGCGCGGCACACCUGAAGACUGAGUCCUACAAGAUGCCCUGGUAUGCCUACUACUCUGUGGACGUGUAUCUGUUCCUGGCUGGAGCUUUGCUGGCUCUGAUUUUAAUAGUUUUUGUCGUUAUCAGAUGUUUGUGCUCUGCUUUAUGUCGGAUUAAAGUCAAGCGUGAGUAGAUAAAUCACGUUGUUUUAAACAUAUGCAUAGGGAACCGUUGCCUAUUCGCAAGUCACUAUUCACAAACUCACUCCUUCUAUGGCACCAUGUUAGCUAGUGUUGGCCACCAGCUGAUACUCGGCCAACUGGGAAGCGAAAAGCAGCGUGAUGACAGAUUAAAUUAGACGUCUGAAAGGCAGGCUAGGCUCCAUGUGGUUGUGGGGUGGUAAACUUCUCAAGAUAAUACAGAGAACGGUCCGGAUUGCUAUUGGCAGUAGGGGAAAUUAACAGAAGAUCAGCUGGUAACACCUAGCCACUCAACAGUACACUAAAUAUUGUACUGUAGGGCCAAACUAAAGAUAUUUUGCGACAUGUAAUGAUAAUAAUAAUAAUAGGGUGGAAGGGUGGAUGACUGGUUAGCACGUCUGCCUCAGAGUUCUGAAGACCCGGGUUCAAAUCUGUU